CGAAAAAGAUUACAUCUUAAUGAGGAUAACUUAUCUUUAUCACUAGUACCUGAUAAUCCACGAUUGUCAACACCUAGAGUUCUGAUUGAGACUGAUAAUAUAACUCCUAAUUCAAUGGUUAUGUCAGACGAAAAAAUGAAAGAAAUGCUCAAGAGGAUUUUAGAAAAUGAUAAAUCAUGCGAUGUAAAAUUAAAAGAACUGGAGAAGAAGGGUAUUUCAUAUGAUAGAUUGUGGAAUGAAGCUUUGUACUCAAAUCUACUUAGAAGAAAUAGGGUAAAAAAAGGAUAUUAUAUCUGGCAGAAAAUUAAUAGCGAUGUUAGAAAAGUUUAUGAAGACUUAUAUUCUUUAGUUGAUUCAGACGAUACUUAUUUAUCGUUAAUCAUCAAAAAGGUUUUUGUUUCUGAAGACGAGCAAAUGAGAAAAAAAUGUGAUAUGAUGUCAAGCUAUACUAGAAAUUAUCUUCAAUGA